AUUUUCUAUGUACGUUUCUAUUUUCUGAUAAAGUGAAGUCUUCUUUUCCUUCACAACAGGAGUAAUAAUGCACUAGAGUAAUGGCUUCUGUAAUGUAUGGGAGUGUUAAAGGAAUUAUAAACCAUGGUAUCUUUGAUAUACAAUUACUUCAAUUCAUAGUAAUAUUGUUUGGACUAUUCAACUAUUCAUUAUGCCUUUAUGAAGAUCAAGUCGGCAAGUUUGACUGGCGUCAUAAUUACGUAGGAAGAAUUAAAUUUGCUAGUUUUGAUACAGUGUCUACUACCAAAAAAAUAAUUGUUGUUACUGAAGAGAAUGUAUUUUCAGCACUUCAUUUAAAAUCCGGUCAACUGUUAUGGAGAAGAGUAUUUGAAAAAGAAGGAAAAAUUCAUGCUUUAAGUGAUGUAUCAGAUGGUGGUGAUUUAAUAACUGUAAGUGGGAGUGUUCCUGUCUUAGUUAGAAUUUGGGAUCCUGCUACUGGUCAUAUUUUAAAUGAAUGGCCAUUAGCUGAGCAAAAUCCUGAGAGAUUAAAGGAUGUAAAAUGGCAUCUAAAGGACGGAAUAUUGUAUCACAUUUUACCACUUUAUAGUAGUGGUGUACAAAUCAUUUCAUAUGAUAGUAAAACUGGAGAAAAACUGAAAAAUCAAAGUGUUUCUGCUCCAUUUUUGACACCAGAGACUGAAUGCGUUUUCACUUCACCAUCUUAUUUGACUUGUCUCAAGGGUGAUCAAUCAUUAGCAAUAUUAUUUAUAGUUGAUUUAUUCAAUGAAGAAGCCAGACCUCAAUCUAUUACUAGCAAUAAUAUAUUUGGAGCUGGUGCUCAGGGUCCUUUUCAUAUAGAAGUAAUACCUGGUAAAAAAGAAGCCAUUUCAAUAACUUCUAAAGGUGAUAACAGGAAACGAAUUAUCAUUCCUAGCAAUGAAUCAAAUAUUUUACCCCGUGAUAUCGAUGGUAAUACAAAAUUAUAUCUAACGACAAUUGAUAAUAAGCUAGUAUUAUUUGAAAUAACAUAUGAAAACAAGGUGACAGAAUUAAAGGCUUUUGAACUUUCAACAUCAUCUUUACCACCAUUACAAGAGUAUUCAUCAAAAAUCACUCAUGACGGGCUUUUUUAUCCAACUAUAAUGGCAUCAACAUGUUAUUCAUCACAACGUUCAAAUAAUCAAGGAGUUAUUUGUCAAUAUUUAUUAUCUUCAGAAGAUCACAGCUUUGCAUUGUUACACAAUAAUAAGUUAAUCUGGUCGAGAGAAGAAGCACUUGCGAAUAUAAUUACCGUAGAGAUGGUAGAAUUACCCAUGUCUGAUAGAGAUCAAACAAUUGAAACGGAAUUCGAUACAAAAGACAGUAUAGUCAAUAUAGACAGUUCAUGGAAUAUCUUAGGAAUGAUAAUGAGAAGGCUUACAGCUCAAUUCAAUCAAAUAAAAUCAUUUGUUCAAUCAGCAUUUGAUAUGAAUAAUCAACAAUCUAAUCAAAGAGUAGAUCUUGUAAGAGAUAAAUUUGGACUCUACAAAAUGAUUGUUGCUGUUACAUCUGCUGGAAAGAUUUUCGGUAUUGAAUCGAAGAAAGGCGAAAUCAUUUGGCAAUCAAGAAUAAUUGACAACAAUAGUUUAACAAUUAAUCCACCAAAAAGUAUACUUCUCUAUAUUCAAAGAGGAAGUCGACAUUUUCCUCAUUCUCCGCAGUGUCUAUUACUUGCAACAGAUAAGACAACUGGAGAAGGAAUGAUUUAUACAUUCAAUCCAAUAACUGGUCAACCACUCUUGGAUGGUUUAGUUAAAUUAGGAUAUAAAUUAAAACAAUCAAUGCUUUUACAAACAACUACCGAUGAUUUUCUUCGUCCCGUUUUACUCCUUGAUUCGAAGGAUAAAAUCCAUGUGUAUCCUGAAAAUGCAACUACAGUAGUGGUAACUGAUUCAUCGUCUAUAACAAGCAAGAAUACGUAUUUAUUUACUGGGGAUAAAGAGACUGGAGUCUUAUCUGGCUAUUCUCUUGGUUAUAGUACUAAAGAGGAAUUAAUAGUAAACAAAGUAUGGGAGUUUACUUUAUCUCCAAAAAACCAAAAAAUCACUCACAUUGUGUCAAAAAAUCCUCUAGAACAUGUUCAUUCUCAGGGCAGAGUUCUUGGCGAUCGAUCUGUACUUUAUAAAUAUAUUAAUCCUAAUUUAGUAGCUAUUAUUUCUCAGGGUGUAGGCAAUAUACAUAAAAACACUUUAAAUUUGUACCUCUUAGAUGUAGUGUCAGGAGGAAUAGUAUAUUCUAUUGUACACAAAAGAGUACGAGGGCCAUUCCAUAUAGUACAUUCAGAAAAUUGGGUAGUAUACAGUUAUUUUAAUGAUAAAAGUCGUAGAACUGAAAUAGCUACUUUAGAACUUUAUGAAGGUAAAGUUCAAAGUAAUACGACAGUAUUUUCAUCCCUAACGACUACACAAUUACCUUUAGUAGAAAGGCAAGCAUUUAUUUUUCCUGCAUCUAUAGAAGCAAUACAAGAAACUAUUACUGAAAAAGGAAUAACAAGUAAACACAUAUUAGUGUCUCUUGCUAACGGUGGUAUUCUGGAAUUACCUUGGAUGUUACUUGAUCCAAGAAGGCCUAUAAAUCCAGAGUUAAGAGAAGAAGGAGUAAUUCCUUACACUCCUGAAAUUCCUAUACAAAUGGAUGCAAUUAUCAAUUAUAACCAAAGUGUAUUUAGAGUAUCAGGCAUUUACACUAGUCCCAGUGGUCUGGAAAGUACAUGUUUAGUUUUUGUUCAUGGUCUUGAUAUAUUCUAUACUCGAGUGGCACCGUCUAAAACAUUCGAUGUAUUAAAAGAAGAUUUUGACUAUUACCUCAUUGUCAUUGUUCUCACAGCGCUAAUGAUUGCUUCUUAUAUUACCAAAAAAUUGGCAUCACAAAAAGCACAGAAACAAGCAUGGAAAUAAUAGAACAUAAUUGUAUUUGUCAUUAUACAUAGAAUCUUCUUUAUAAUAAUUUUAAUACUUAAUUAAAAAUAUCAAUAAAUUAUUUAUAUAAAUUUAA